UGCGGGUCCGGCUGCGCGCGGGGUGCGCGGCGCGGGGUUCGGGGCGCCAUGGUGCUGAGCCCGGUCAUCGGGAAGCUGCUGCACAAGCGCGUGGUGCUGGCCAGCGCCUCCCCGCGCCGCCGGGAGAUCCUCAGCCACGCGGGUCUCCGGUUCGAGGUGGUUCCUUCCAGGUUCAAAGAGAAGCUUGAUAAAGCGUCCUUCCCCACGCCUUAUGCCUAUGCCAUCGAAACAGCGAAGCAGAAGGCCCUGGAGGUCGCCAGAAGGAUGCAUCAGAAGGACCUCCGGGCCCCCGACGUUGUCAUCGGAGCGGAUACCAUUGUGACCAUCGGGGGGUUGAUUCUGGAGAAGCCGGUGGACAAGCAGGACGCAUACAGGAUGCUUUCCAGGUUGAACGGGAAAGAGCACAGCGUGUUCACGGGUGUCGCCAUCGUCCACUGUUGCACCACAGGUACAGCACCGCUGGCCUCCUCCCCAGGCCCUGGCCACUGCGGGCGGAACCGGUGUCCCUGCAGACCUGCGCCCUCCCUCCUGCCUCAGGGAGUGGGGGCUGCACAGAGGCCUCGGAGCACCUGACAGAGAUGGGUUCGCCCGCCCAGUGUGACCCACGCAGGUGCUUCCCUCCAGACCUUCCGGUCCGGAAGACAGAGAGGGCUGGCUCACGCCGGCCAGCCGGAAAUCACAGCAGGCCAAAGAAGGUUUUUUUAAAAAGGACCGAAACCCCGAGGAUUGUCUGCAAAAGCUGCUUUGCAUAAUGUGCCCCGAGGGCCGUGCGGGGGCUUUCCAGCCCCACAGCCAAGGCCUCUGGGCCAGCC